ACCUGAGUGUUAUGAGCCCGGAAAACUCACACGGAUCAUCGCCUGCAUCACCGAUCAACGCAAAUCAGCAAACGAUAGACUCUCGAUCCGCAACCUUCUCCACAACCAACCUUGUUAUUCCAUCACAUCUUCCACAAUGCCGACAGAAAACGUCAUCCUGUCAUCGCCAGCCGCAUGGGAAGCUUGGAUUCAAAUUAUCCAGGCAAAGGCCGAACGAAAGAGAAUCUGGGGCAUCAUCGACCCAUCGAAAACAGAUGCGAACGCCGAUGAACUACUUCCAGAACCUACGAAGCCCGUACCCCCAGCAGCGGACGACAAUACGUCCACCUCGAAAAUCACCUGGAAGAUGGCAUACGAUGAAUACAAGGACAACAAGGUCCAAUUCGACAAACAAGAAGAAUCACUACAGGACCUACGCAUUUUUAUCCUACAAACCCUGGAUGCGAAAUACACUACGUACACCUACGGUAUCUCAUCGGCACGCGGCCUACUUACCAAACUCAAGAAAUCCAUCGCGCCAUCAGAUGAAGCACGCCGGAACGAAAUCUACAACCUAUGGCAGAAGCAGAAGCACUACCCCGCUGAACAAACCGUAGAAAAAUGGCUAAUGGACUGGGAAACGCUGUACAGCGAUGCAUCAAGGCUACGGCUGCCCGAAGCUGCCGACAACCGUGCCCAAAUCGAUUUUCUACUGUCCCUAAUGGGAAAACAUCCAGAAUUCGCAGGCUACUGGCGCCAGGAGAUCGCACGCCGAACAGACGCCAAAGAAUUAGCACCUAGCCUAGCGGAUCUAGUCAGCAAGUUCAGAAUGCAGCGGCACGAGAAACUAGCGUCCCAGGGCAAGGAUCCCCUCUCGGCCUACGCCACUACGUUGCAGGGCCAGGAAAUCAAACCAAAGGCAAAAGCCAAUUCCCCUAAGGCCCUAAAGCCCUGCCUAUGCGGAGAAACCCAUCUGUGGCGUAAUUGCCCGUAUAUCUGUGCUGACAAACGUCCUACUGGCUGGCAGAUAGAUACGGAAAUUCAAGAAAAAGUAAAGGAAGCGCUUGAGCAACGGCAUCCAAAGAGCCAGGAACGGAUCCGAAAGAUGCAGGAGGAAUUUCAGGGCCCUACUCCUGGGGCUAUCUCUGCAUUUGCAGUUGCAUUCUCGGGAACAGAUCGUUCCUCUACUCCAGAUCGUUCCUCUACUCCAGAUCGUUCCUCUACUCCGCCAGCAGCAUUCUCAACGGCCCUACCGUAUCAGCUACGGAAUUCCGUUAUCCUAGAUUCAGGUGCUACAACGCACGUUUUCAACGCUGCACAUUGGUUUGAGGACAACAUCGAACAAACGAACACCACCUGCUAUACGGGAAAGGGUGUAGAAUCUAUUACUGGAUUCGGGACAGCCAAAAUAUCACUAGAAAGUUCAAAUGGCGUACACUACGCCAUGCUUUCCGAUUCCGCCUAUAUUCCAGGGUUCAACGUGAACAUCGUCUCUCUCCGGAAACUAAACGCCAAAGGG